GUGGGGAGGAGGGGGGAGUGCUGUGUGGAUCAGACACCAUACGGGAAUGGGUGCGAGGCAGUCCGGUUCGGUAUGAUUACUCUGCCCGUCCGUGCAGCCACUCUCUCACCGUGCAGGAAUAACCGGAGCUUCUGAUCAGCCCCAGUCCGAGCAUGUAUUCAAGCAAGACGUGUUUGUGAGACGGAGCAUCUUGGUCAUAUACCAGAGCCUGCGCUUUCCAGCCCGGAGGAAAGAACAAAAUCAAGUGCGAUCAAGUGGUUGAUCCCAUUCCCUGCUCUCCGUCAGCACCAAGCCUGCUGUUGUACAGUGAGAACCUUGGAGAGGGAGCUCUGAGGCGCUGGAACUGGGAUGGGAUCGCAGCGCUCCAGAGAGCCCGAGGUCUAACAUUGCCUGGCGUCUGUUCCGUCCAUUCCAACUCUCUAUGAAAUGGAAAAUCGCGGGAUCGCCAAUAUUCUCUAUUACUUGAUGCUAAACGCACCGCUUUUGCUCUGUGUUAACGCAAAAUUUCUUGAAGUACCCCAGGAUGUGAUUGCUAAAGAAGGCGAUGACAUUGAGAUGUCUUGCGCGUUCCGCGCCAGUGGGGCCACCUCGUACUCGCUGGAGAUCCAGUGGUGGUACCUGAAGCAAUACCCCAGGGAGCUGGCACACGAGUUGGCACGCGGUGGCCAGGGAAACAGGCCCAAGGUACCAGUCAACAAAGAUGCCACAAAAAUCAGCACUGUCCGGGUGAUGGGCAACGAUAUUUCGCAUAAGCUACGGCUCUCUGGUGUGAAGAAGGAGGAUGAGGGUGUUUAUGAAUGCAGAGUGACCGACUUUAUCGACGACGAAACUCAGGAACACAAAGCCCAGGCCACCUUACGGGUCUUAGCCCUCUACGGCCCGGAGAUGCAAGCGGCCGAAGCUGUCUCCCACAUUCAGAGUAACGGACCCCGCAGGGGCAGCGUGCGUUCCAGCCCGGCGCCGGGCUCAGACAAGAGGCGAGUCGCAGAAGCGAGCUAUGGUAACGAUACCACCUCUUCACCCAGCACCUCCUCUGUCUCCCCACCCCCGGGCAACGCAGCCAUGAUCGGACAGCACACCUCCGGUGGGAAACCAACACAGAUGCUAACUUCAGGUUUUGAACCCCUUUCUGCAACUCUUCCUUUCCUGUUUAUCUCGCUGCUGAUCUUACAAAGGCUCUGCACAUAUUAAUAAACCUUGACUGACUCCUCCAAAGUAACCCUUCUCAAGCAAACAAAGAAAAUGUGCAAUGGAGACAAAGAAAAGACUGAAGAGUGAAGAAUUUAAAAACUGGCUAGAUCAAACUGACUUUCACAAAUUGCAAAGGAAACACCAGAAGGUGUGAGAGGCAACGAUCUUCAAAAAUUUUCAGCAGUCAACUAUUGCACAUUCUAAAUGUUCUCAAUGUGGUAAAUUAAUUUCCCAAAAAUACAUAAUGUAAAGCCUUGCUCUAUAUAGCAGAGCAAUUCGAUUACUUUCUUUGUAACAGAUAUCACCUACUUGUUUCCUGCUCAACUCAUUCCAUCAUCACCUUGAUAGUCUAAUCUAAUCAUGCAGGGUCAGUAACCUUACAAAACUUGAAUAUUUAAAGUUAUCUCUUUGUUCAUUCACGUUUUAUUUUAUGGCAUUUAGAUUUGAUUCCCUUUGAAAAAUUUUAAGUAAAUACAACACAUCAUAAAUACUAUUCAGCAUCAACAAUAUUUAUUUUUAAUAAAGAUGGAAAUUAAGGUAAGACACUCAUUUAUAAACUGUAUUGAUAUAUUGCUGAAAAUCAGUUGGAAUAAAGAAUUUUCAAAUAAUGUCUUCAAAUACCUGGAUUGCUGAGCCUCUCAAUCUUAGCACAAAAAUAACCAAUUCAUUAAAUUUGCUUUGUUUAAAGAUAUUGGUCCAGUGUCACAAAUGCUUACAUCUGGUGACAUCUCUGUAUUAAAUUCACUUGGUAAAUAGACAUCCAGUUCAACAGAAAUUCAGAAAGUGUUGGAAAAACUGAACAGGCCUAGGAGCAUCUGUGGAGAGAGAAACAGAAUUAAUGCCUUGAGACCUAGAUGACUCUCCUUUGGAUAGAAGAGAGGUAGAAAUGCAUUGGAAUUUUUACUGUUGAAUAAAAGGAAGGGUCUGGUAGAACAAAAGAGAAGAUCUGGAAUAUUUAGAAGGUGGGAAAGAUUAAAUGACACAGAUAUCACAAAAGGAAAGCGAAGCGAGUGGUAACUUUGAUAGUAAAGAAACAACCAUUUAGGGAUGAAUUUUCAAAAUGAUAGAGAGAACCUCUCUGGUUUAGCCAAAAUGGUAUAGGAGUUGUCAAACCCAGAACCCAAACCAACCAUUUUUGUUGGGAGUGGGUCAAGGAUAAGGGAUGGCUUGUACUUUGCAAAUUGGUGGUUAAUGGAGACUGUUGCAGAUGUGAAAGUACAACCGUUUUCCAACAAUUCACUUUUCAUCAGUGGAAUUUCCAAACUUGAUACUUCAGUGUGAUUUGAACAAGCUGAGUAAGUAGGUAAAAGCAUGGCUGAUGCAGUAUAAUGUAGAUAAAUGUGAGAUUAUCCACUUUUGAAACAAAAUGAAGAAGGCAAACUAUUAUCUUAAGGGCUAUAAAUUAAGAGGGAGGAAUGUGCAACAAGGCCUAGGAGCUCUUGUACCUCACUCACUGAAGGUAAGCAUGCAGGUGCAGGAGGCAAUAAAGAAGGCCGAUGGCAUGUUGGCCUUUGCAGCAAGAGGAUUCGAGUACAGUAGCAGGGAUGCCUUGCUGCAAUUUUACAGCUAGUGAGACCACACCAGGAGUAUUGUCUGCAGUUCUGUUCUCCUUACCUGAGGAAGGAUAUUCCUGCUAUGGAGUGAGUGAGCUGCAAAGGUUUAAAGACUGAUUACUGGGAUGGCAGAACUGACUUAUGAAGAGAGGUUGAAUCAAUUAGGAUUAAAUUUGACGGAGUUUAAAAGAAUGAGGGGCGGUGAUUUCACAGAAAGCAGUCAAGGACAAAUGUUGUAUGAUUUUCAGAAGGAGAUUGCUCAAGCACCUGAACUUAAGGGAUCAAAGGAUAUGGGAUAUAAGUGGGAACAAGAUAUUGAGUGGGAUAAUCAGCCCUGAUGAUAAUGAAUUGCAGAGCACCAAAUGAUGUACUGCUGAUCCUAUUUUCAAUGUUUCUAAAACAUAACUUGUGGGUUUUACACUUUUCAAGAGAAUUGCUAACCUACCAGAUUCAUUAAAGAGGCAGGGUACCCUUCUGAAAAAGAGCGAGUCUCUGAAAGAAAACAAUAGGUUCCCUGUGAGUGGAGUAAGGUACAUGUGAUCAGAGGUAUUCCACAAGGAUCGGAACUGGGGUCUCUGUUAUUUGUAAUAUGUAUUACUACUGGUCACAUACCUCUAGUAAAACAAAAUCUUCACAAUUACCCUCUGUCUUCUAUGAACAAGCCAAUUUUGUGUCCAACCUACCAACUCACCAUGGAUCCCAUGUGCGUUAAUCUUCUGGACUAGCCUAACAUGAGGGACUUUGUCAAAUGCUUUCAUGAAGUCCAUUUUUAUUUCAAACUGAUAGAUCCCUAGAACGGGCUGCCAGGGGAAGUGGUAGAAGCAGAUACAAUAACAACAUUUUUAAGAGGUGUUUAGAUAGACACAUAAUCAUUGCUCGUACACUUUAGAACCUGAUUUUCCAAAUAAUAAUGUCACAAAUCUUCAUCAUAACACUAAUCCUGCCGAAAUCCAAUUUUUGUAACUAAAUGAGCUAUUUAAGGAUAUUUUCAAUCUAAAUUAAAAGACUAGAGAAAUGACUCCUGCUUUCUUAAUAUUUCUUUGUUGUGUUUCUCAUCAGCCUACUACAUUUGUCAUUUAAUGCCAUA